UUGCACUAUGGACUUUCUACGGACCCUGUGAUGGAAGGACUAUGCGUUGCUAUUUCAAAUAAAUAAUAAGCCGGAGCAAUGAUUUGCAUACUGUUAGUUGCGGGGCACGGCACGGUUUUAGAGACACAGAUUAAGAGUGAUAUUACAGGUCUGUAUGCUCAUCUGGCCGGUGUGCCCAAAGCUCUGUUACCUGGAGUGGGUGGAAAGAAAAUAUUGGAUUUCUGGUGGGAAACCGUCAACACUCGCCAGCUCUUCAGUGAAGUCUAUCUGGUCACGAAUGCUGAUAAAUACAAACACUAUGAGCGGUGGGCAACAGCCAAUGACUUUCCAGUGGAGAAUGUUGUGAAUGAUGGAAGCACUACUUUGGAUGACAGACUCGGGGCUGUUGCAGACCUUGAAUUGGCCAUCCGAAGCCGACAGCUACAAGAUGACAUUAUGGUGAUUGCAGGAGACAUGCUUUGUGCUGAUCAAAACUUUGAUAUUGCACAAGUCAUUCGCUUUUUCAGAUCUAAGCCUGGAGAACUUGCUAUAUAUUAUGAGCUGGAGUCAGGAGAGAAGAGCUUCUCCAGAGGAAUUGUUGAAGUUUGUCCGAACACCCAUCGGGUCAUGCGCUUCAUUGAGAAGCCUCGGGAGGGCGUCACCGCAUCCCGUCUGGCAAGUGUGGUGUUCUACUGUCUGCGUAAAGAGUCCUUACCGUACAUCUCUGAUUUCCUUGUUCAACACCCAGACGUUAAAGAUAGAACCUUUGGCUUUUUUUGGGAAUGGAUUAUAAAUGAGGAGAAGGUUCCUGUUUAUGGGAUGAAGUUACCAACAGGAUUUCAACUAAUUGGACAAGUGGGUCUGUCUGAUUACACGAAAUGGCUCACUCACUAUUCUUCUAAACAGCAGCUGUCCCCAUCUAAACCUAUUACAUGCCGCUCAUAUGCCAGGGUUGGACUCAUGGGGAACCCCUCUGAUGGUUUCAAUGGGAAAACCAUUGCUAUGACCAUUGCUAAUUUCUGGGCUGAGGUCACACUCAUGGAGAGCCAGACUCUGGCCAUUCUACCUCAUCCUCUGAACGACCCUACGGAGUUCGGAAGCUUGCAGGAUCUCUUUCAGAUCAGCCGGAAAGAAGGGUAUUUGGGAGGUCUGAGACUUCUACAAGCCACCUGUAAAAAGUUUUACCAGUUCUGCUCUGAAAAAGGCAUUGCUCUGUCCAAGCAAAAUUUUACUCUCAAGUAUGACACAAACAUUCCUCGGCAAGUGGGUUUAGCUGGCAGUAGUGCUAUUGUGUCUGCCACACUGAAGUGCCUGAUGAAGUUUUACAACAUCACAGACAAUGAUCUUCCUAAACCAGUCAGAGCCAACUUCAUCCUCAAUGUAGAGACGGAUGAGCUGUUCAUCACAGCUGGUCUACAGGAUCGAGUUGUGCAGGUAUAUGAAGGCUUGGUUUACAUGGACUUCAACAAACAGCUUAUGGAUGAGCGGGGUUAUGGAGAAUACAUUCCCUUGGACAUGAACGAUCUUCCCUUGUUCUGGCUGGCGUACUUGAGCGAUCCAAGUGAUUCUGGACGGAUUCACAGUAAUGUUAGACAGCGAUGGUUAAACGGUGACUCUGCUGUGGUUGAAGCGAUGAAAUCGUUUGCUGAACUCACAGACCAAGCCCGGGCUGCCUUCCUGUGUAAGGACUGGGCCAGACUCGCACAGCUCAUGGAUGAAAACUUUGAGCUACGGCGGUCGGUGUAUACUGAAGAAUGCUUGGGCCCUGGAAAUCUGAAAAUGGUACAGCUUGCGAGACAGUUUGAAUCUGCUGUCAAAUUGCCCGGCAGUGGUGGUGCUGUGGUGGGCUUGUGUAUGGACCAAGAGCGGCUGGUGGAGAUGAAGAGGGCUUUCCAAGAGGCGGGAUGUGUGUUUUGUCUAAUUGUGCCUUAUGACCCGUCAGUGCAGGGUCAGAACUGAUCACUCGGAGAAAUGGUUGUAUUAAUUGUUGGCCAAGAAGCUGAGAUAUAAAGGCUCUGCUAAAGGAACAUAGCUUAAAGGCAUAGUUCACCCCAAAAUUUUAAUUUUUACAAUAUACAUUAUAAACCUGUAUGACUUUAUUUGUUCUGUGGAACAUAAAAGAAGAUCUUUUAAGA